GGAAAAUGUAGGAGAGUCAGUACAGCCUCUGAUUGGCCCACGGGGGCAAAACCCACACGUGACUCCGGCCGCAAUUUUCCCUCCCGAGCAUCCAUGACGGACCGGAAGGGACCAAAUCUUGCGACAUCGAGAAGCCAUUGUCGGCACGCGCGUGGUUCAAAAUGCAGAAAGUCAUUCGAAGGACGGCCCUGGCUCGGAAUCAAGCCCAACGGAAGGCGAUCCGAGCCUCCAAGAAUACCGAGCGUGAAGACCUCAAAGACUCCCUCAGACAGCGGUUUGCCUACAACCGGUUGGAGCUGGACAACGUCCGCGCCGAGAGAGAGCGACGCCGUGAGGACUGGAUGCGAGGCCCCCUCGCCCCUCAGCGUGAUGCCGGCUUCGAUGGGAAGCAAUUUGGGGCGCUCAGCCCCCAGGCGCUGAACCCGCCGGUUAUCCCUAAGCACCUCCGCCGGAAAUAUGUCAACAUCGCUGCUGGAGACCGGGUGUGUAUCAUCAAGGGUAGGGACCAGGGGAAGAUCAACGAGGUGGUCCGGGUUGAUGUUACCAAUGAGACUGUCAUGGUCAAGGAUGUCAAUAUGACCGACGUGCACUUCCCCAAAUGGCUCAACGAGCAACACGGAAACAACAAACCCUACAACACGAUGAACCUCCCGAUCUCCAUGGACAACGUCAAACUCGUCGUCGCCCUCGACGAUCCCGCCACGGGCCAGACACGCGAUGUCCUAGUCGAGCACGUCUACGGCGGAGAACCCUUCCUGGAGCGCGAACAGGGCACAGAAACCCCCCGACACACGCGGUACAUCGCAGGAGAGAACAUCGAGAUCCCUUGGCCCCGCAGCGAGGCGCCGAAAUUCAAGGACGAGGAGAGCGACACGCUCCGCAUGGAGGUCGAGACGCCGAGCUGGCUGCCGUCGCUGCACAGCGCCCCGUUCCCGCCCAGCGUCCUGGACGAGCUCCGCAACAAGUUCUCGAAGUACCGCACGAGGCACGACCCCGAGUUCGUGGAGGCAAAGAAGAUGGAGGACUACAGAAAGGAAUAUCUUCAAAGCAGGUCUUUGUUGACGCCCAAGGGUGAGCUCAUAGCCAUGCUCCAGGCGAAGAAACAGGCCCGCUUGGCUGCGAGACGGGAUGCCAAUGGGAAUCUGAUCAUGGAUGACCAGACGGCUGGGUUCGUUGAGAAAUUCUUGCAGGAGCGCAAGUCCGCGUAGGUUAGCACCCGGUUGCGGUGUUGGGGAAAUGGGUCUGCUGGGGAGAUGGGUUCGAGCCAACUUUUCAUUUGAAUUUGUUCCGCGAUGUUUGUUUUUUUUUCUGUAUACAAUUGUAUCCUUGUAGCAUAGAUCAUGACUGUAUU